AUGUCUCAAAAAACGUUGAAGUUCGUGAACUCGGUCUGGAAGUCAUUCCAAGCCACCUCCGGCUUGGAGCCGAGGCUUCUGAACAAUCUUCGCAUCACCAAUGCCAUACCAGGCAGUGUCAAAUUCGAACUCGACAUUGAAAGGCACCAUACCAACCGCCUAAAGAUCCUCCAUGGCGGCACCAUCGCUAGCAUGGUUGACCUCGGCGGCUCGCUUGCUGUGGCUUCAAGGGGCCUUUUCGCGACAGGCGUGUCGACGGAUCUGAAUGUGACCUAUCUCAACUCCGGCGGCACCGAGGGAAAUACCAUCCGUGCUGAAGUGACGUGCGAUAAGUUCGGCAAAACACUGGCGUACACGAACAUCAAGUUUUUUAACGACAAGAAUGAAGUCGUUGCGCGUGGAAGCCACACAAAGUACGUGACAUUUGCUUGGAAGGACCCGAACAACAUUGUCGAAGAAAUCAAGGCCGAAGAAGCAAAUUCAACCGAGUCGGGAGAUGCGAAGCAGUAG